AUGGAUGUGGCCAAUCUGUUCGACGACCUCGAGUCCAACAACAUGGAUCGGGUCGACGAGGUGAAGCGCAAAUUUCAGGAGAUAUUUUCUUCCACCAAAGAAUCCUGGCUUGCCUGUAACAUGAUGGAAUACUUUGCUCAUACGUCAUCGAUACGGAUCGUGGAAAUUCUUGUGAAGGUACAGCAACCCCACGAUAAGCACAUAUUCGAUCGACUGUCCGAGUGGAUACGUGGCGGGACAUCGAAAACGUUGGCACUCACCCUAUUCGGUCACAUCAUUCAAAAGCGCCCGCUUUGGCUGUACAAGGUCGGUGCGCACCAGCUGGUAAAGGACGUACUAAAGCUGUCCAAGGUGGAGAAAGACAUCACCUCCUUGAUUAACGCAGUCCUGUGCAUCAUCGAUCUCCUGCCCGUGAUUCCACUGGCAAUGGGUAGCUUCGUGCAGGAUUUGUUCGAUGUGUUUAAUUAUCUCGCCACGUGGAACCAAAACGAAUCGCACUUGCCCGAGUAUCAGUUGAUACAUCUACAAUUCGGACUGUACGAACUGUUCACCCGGCUGUACGGCAUGUAUCCGUGCAAUUUUGUGGCCUUCCUCAAGCAUGAAUAUUCGGCGGCCGGACGUCAGGCCGUGUUUCAGCACACUAUCAAACCGCUGCUCGAUACGGUUAAGAUCCAUCCGCGGCUCGUACUAUCCGACAAGGAAAGUGAGACGAGCCAGCAGCGUUGGAAAAAUAUGGAACCGCACGAUGUGGUGAACGAGUGUGCCCGAAUGUCGCUCGAGUAUCCGGAACCGCAGGAAAGCUCACAGGCACAGCUGUUGGCAGUGAAUGGGGCCGGUGGUAACGAAUGUCCGUGCUACAUGACACCGAUUAAACCGUACGAAUAUACGGCCGGCGGUGGUACGUCCGAUGCGUUCGAACUACCAUGGAAGGCGAACGUAAACUUCUUCAAUACGCUAUCACUCGACCAACAGUUGUGUACGAUCACGGCACAAAAUUCGUUCUGGUCGCCCAAUAGCACCCUUAUGCAGCCAACGCCACCACCCACAACGGGCACUGUACCGCACACACCAAUUCCUACCCCGAGCUAUACGAUUCCAACUGUGCCGGCUCCACAACCACCGGCAGCGGAUGGUGCGUCGCCUCCGGAAGCAGCUGUUGAGGCAACGCCCGAAACAACACCCAUGAAAGAUACCAAACCCACUGGAAGUAACCGGCCUUACCCUACAUCGGUGAAACCGCAGACGGCCCGAGCUAUCUGGACGCCAUCACAACCGGCAUCGCCGAUUAAGAAGGAUGCGGGGCAGUCCCACUUUAGCUACGAAUAUCCACUAGCGGUGGUCACAUCGAAAAAGUUGCUUCAAGUGGUGAGCGAUCGGAAUCAGUCGUUGCUGCAAUUGUCCGACACGGGUACCACCACUACGACUACCACAAUGACAACGGUAGCCUCUGCAACAUCGACCACGAGCAAUAGCGUACCGUCCAGUCCGCUUCCUAUCGAUCAGCAAUCGGUUCCACUGUCCGCAACGGUAGUGCCAGCACCGACAGCCUCCCGCAAUGAGUCACCCAUGGUGCAGAUCCAACCGGCCUUACUACGCCCCAGUGAUCUGAGCCAAGAAGAUCAGGAGGUAAACGAUAUUAACAGUCCGCACAUGCAUCACUCGCAAUCACUGCCGGUCGGAACGGCCGUCCCGAUACGCGAUCUGUGUGCGGACGAAGAUCAAGACCAAGGCGAAGGUUCGCCGUGUUCUGCCGGAGGGCUACACUUUAAAAACUCCCAGUCGGUCAUCAACUACACCCGCCGACGGCUGCACAGUCAUUGUUUGGUGGAUUCGAACGAUCCGUACUACAGUACCGGUACGUCACCGGCGGAUACGAGCGGAAACUUUAUCCGCAAUGGUGGCACCAUGGCUUCGCAGCUCGUCACGGUUGGGCCGCGGUUGAGUGGUGCCGGUGCUAACCAGCAACUCCAAAUACCGGAACCGAUGGCAGUGUAUAAUCGUCAUCCGGUAGCUGGACAGGAGCAGCACCAUCAUUACUAUCAUCAGUGCCACCAUCACAUACAUCUGCAUCAUCAGCAGCAUCAACACCACCACCAUCAUCUUGUCGGCCCGGGGGGAUCAUUGUUUACGGCCCAUCAGCGCCGCCAUUCGUUGCCAGAUCUGAAACAUUAUGCGCUCAAGGUGAAUCCGAAGCUAUUGCUCGAUUCUGUUUCGAUCGUGAAACAGCGCCAGCUCGGCCAGCACCCAACACACCGUGCUGGCGAAACGACCAACGGUGGCGGGAACAGUGCGUCAUCCUCGGAGGGAGUUGGUAGCAACGCUGACAGUAGUCCAUCGGAAGAAGAAGCCAUCUCGGCAGCGACCCAUUUCCACACCAAACAGGAACAACGAUCGAGCGAGCAGCUCGCUCGGAAUCAGGAGCUGUUUCGGCAGUUACGCAACAAUUUAACGACCGUCGCAACUCCAAGUAGCUACUUUCAGCAUCAACGGGUGCAUCAUCAGCAUCAUCCCAAUCAACACCACCAACACCAGCAGCCGGGCAAUUCGUUUGCACUCACACGAUCGCGCAUCGAUCGUCAAGCGGACGUUGACACGGUGAUGACUCCGGUUCCACCACACGCGACCAUCUCGACGGCAACGCAAACGAUUAUCAGCUGGCCGCAGCCUUACGAGCAAAUAUUCUACGGCAUCCUGCAAGAAGAAUUGCGCUUUAAGAACAGCAUUUCCCAGCUGCAGCACGAUCAGCAGAUACAGAAGGCGGCUGCAAACGGUGGUCGGUUGGAUCCGUACGCACUCCUAGAUCAGUACAUAGAAACGUGCGCAAAGACACGGGCCACCAUAGCCGAAAAUGGUAAUCGUACGAGCCUGCCUGAAUCUUACUAUCAUGACCACAUACGGCUGUUGCAUCUGCAGCUGCAGUACGAGCGCCACCGGCGGGAGAUACAUGCCGAGCGAAACCGUCGACUGCUCGGCAAGAGCCGUAAGAUUCGUGCGCUCGAGCAGAACAAUGAAGCGCUCAAGGAUCAGGUGGCACGAUUAACGCGCGAGAUCGCUUCAUUGAAUGCGGAGCUUAGUACGGUGCGCCGUAAAACCAACACCGAGUUGAAGGAAGUGUCGCUGGAAUGUGUUCGUUGGAAGGAAUCCCUGUACCAGGAACAGGAACGAUCCAAAGAACUACAGCUGAAGAUUGAAGCAUUGCAGGUGGUGAUCAAGGAUGAGUCCGCUCAACGACGCGAGGUUAAUCUGCUGUUGGAGAACGCCCAGGGUGAUCUGUUUGAUUUGCGCAACGAGCUGCGGAAGGCUAUCGGCAAGGCGGAACUCGGACAACAGUACCGCGAAGAGCUGACGCGGCUACAGUCCGAGCUGAUAAUGAUGGGUGAGGUGCAGCUGCGCUUUAAGGAGAAGCUGAUCGAGCUGGAGCGGUUGCGGGCGCGCGAAGCAGAAAUCGCACUCAUGAAGGCAAAUUACCACGAAGAAUGGAAAGACCUCAAGUUUGCAUUGCAACAAAAGUCGACCCAACUUGAUACGGCCAAGGAGCGCCAGGCAGAGCUGGAGCAACAGCUCAUCAAGCGCGAGGAAACAAUCACGCUACAGAAACGUACGCUGAAAACGGUGAAGGAAGAGUACCAGGAAAAAUUCAAGGCACUGGAAAACAAAUACGAAGCACAAAAGGCAAUCGUAAUUCGGAUGGAAGACACAAUAGAGGAGCUGCGCGUAAACAGUUGCGUCGCAAAGUCCCCCGAUUCCGAUCGUACUGACGCCGUCGGUUCACUCGAUCACACGUCACCACUUUCGAUUUCGCUAGCAUCCAGCGAGGGUCUUUCGGAAAUUCGUAAUCUGUCCGCGCUUGUGGCACAAAAUUCUGCCGGUCUCGGUGCGCAACUCUCCGGCGGGAGCAAUACCUUGGCCAGUAUGGGCAACAACAGUAGCAUGAUGGGUACAGCCGAACUUGACUCGAACCUGCCCACACCGACAUCGGCAGGCCAGUAUGGUCCGGGUGGUGCUAUGCCCGAUCCAUAA